AUGCUGUCGACCAGGAUGCCCCUUUAUCAUGUGGUCGCCCCAGCGCUCGUCGUGAUGAGGCAAUUUCUCGACUUCAUGCGAAAAGGGGCUGCCGGGAGCGGCCCGGGCCCAGCCGAGGACAGACAGCUUAGCUCUCCGCAUUAUGAUUGCUUCUUGGCCAUGCGCAUCCGCGACGUGUGCAUGCGCUGUAUUGGUGGCUUGAAGCACGCAGGGCGUCACAAGAAAGCAACAUCUGUCCUUAACGAAGGAAUUAUAGGAAUAGUAGGUCCUCUAUCCAAUUUACCUAGAAAUGGCAUAAGGAUGGCCUCUCAUUUCGUUGUCUCUGCUUUCCUUUUUCUUGGCUCACACUAUCGCUCUUCCAUCUCUCCGGCCCUUGUCCAAACAACUCUCAUUAGGAAAAGGAAAUGUCUGCAUUUCGUUGUUUACCAUAUUGAAGGCAACGCCUACCUCGACUAUUUCCCUUCUCGACUACUACUUCCUGGAGCCUCCUUCCAUAUUCGCAUCGGCCCUUCCUCAGAACCAAUCCCCAACCAAGGCGUCUGGCGGAAUGAGAAACUCGUGACCGCCCUUCCAUCUAUAUUUCCCAUCGCGGCACUUAUGCUGCUUAUCUCCUAUCAAAUGGGGACAACGCCCUUCAAGCAUUCAAUACGUUCUUGGACUCCUGACAUUCCCCACACACUUCCAUCACAAGCAUUUAUAUAUUGGAUACCAUGGGAUGUGUGCGGGCCUCUGAUUAAAGUCGUGACUUCCUCGUCAACCCUAUUCAAGCCCAUAACAGCUCUAGGUAGGCACGGCAUUUCCCUGGAACACGUGCCUAUCGAUCCAAUGGAGAAGUCUAAAAUGUUGGCGCAUUCUCCGAAAAGGAAAAAAAAAAAUUUCAUUAAGUCACAUCGUUUUACCCUGCAGCACUUUCAUAUUAUUGAUUCAUCGCGAACCCCGGUUACAUCACAAGUCAAUAGAACGACAUCUUCUAUUCAAUUGCCACACAUGCCGUUCCAGAUGGACCCACGCUUGCGACUAAGUCCUACAGGACCAUUCCACUAUACAAAGAAAUCAAUUCAGCAUGCGCGCUAA